AUGAGUUCUUUGGUUGUAUCACAUGCUGUUGAUAACAAUUACAGUCAGUCUUUCCCAAGCUGUUCGCAUACCGCUAAGAACAGGAACGUGGCUUGGCUUCAAUUAAAUCUUGGAAAAAUUUACAGUCUAAAAUCAGUCAAAAUAUACACCAGGAAUGAAGCUAACUGGCCUCCAUACCGUUUUCGCCAGUUUUACUUAGACGUAUCAAAUUCAUCGGCACAAAACUCAACACAGCGAGUGCGAUGUUACACAGAUAACUCAACCCUAGCCACGCCCUCUCCCGUGAUUGACAUCCCUUGUAAACAGACGGCGAGAUACGUCAUUGUAGAGACUAAAUACAAAGCACCAGAAGAUACAGAUUCUACAGGACCUAUCUUAGAGAUAUGUGAAAUUGAAGUGAUUGGUUGUGAUGUAGGUCAUUAUGGUGAAAAUUGUCUGUCUUGUCAAGGUUGCUCAACAUGUGACAUCAAUAGUGGCGAAUGCGAUAUCCAGUGCAGCAUUACUUGCACUAGGGGACUAUGUGACGACAGUGGGCUAUGUGUCCAAGGAUGUAUCAGUGGUUACUGGGGAAGCAACUGUAUGAACCGUUGUCCAGUAAAUUGUUUUGAUAACAACUGCCACAAUAAUGGUUCCUGUAUUGGCUGCUCAAGUGGUUCUUAUGGAGAUUAUUGUACCAAGAAAUGUAACAACAGAUGCAAUUCAAAAGUAUGCAACCAAAAUACGGGAGAUUGUGCUGAUACCUGUGUUGUUGGAUAUUAUGGAUCAAAAUGUGAAUCUCCUUGCAGCACCAACUGUUCCUCUGAAUCCUGCAGAAAAGAUGACGGGGCAUGUUUAAAUGGGUGUAAAAAUAGUUUCUUCGGUUCUCGAUGCGAACACUUGUGUAAUCAACAGUGUACAAAUACAUCAUGUGAUGUUUUCAGUGGACACUGUGUUGGAGGUUGCAAUGAAGGAUUUUAUGGGGCAUUUUGCAACCUGACCUGUAGUUCUACGUGUGCGACUUCUAAAUGUAAUCAGUUGGAUGGCGUGUGCAACGACGGGUGCUUACCACACUGGAGUGGAAAAACUUGUGAAGCUAAUCAGCAAUUAUUUGAGAACAACACGAAGACUGAAGUGUAUUCGGCUUUGUAUGUUGUGGUAGCGAUUCUGUUAAUAAGUAUUUUUCUCAACAUAUUUCUCAUUGUAAGGAAUGCUCGAAAAAACAUUAAUAAAAGACAGAAGACAGAACAUUUAAAAGAAACUUGCCAUGUUGAUCAAAACAAAGACGCAAACAAAGCAGUUUAUGACAGUGUAGAAGAUAACGCAGGCUACCACGAACUAGGUGAACUAAGUCAACCCUCUAAUUAUGAUCAACUCAAGUGA